UUGUGAGUGAAAAAGAGGCAAAUUGUUUCGCACAAAUUUUGGUUCUCAUCGGCGCUGCGCCGAGUGAAAAGCAUGCAGAGAAUGGGAUCGGUUAUGUUAAUAUUGUAAGCCCUAACUUUAGCUACAACGUGAUUUCAAUACAGAGCAACAUGCUGUUGUUGUAAAGGCUUCAUAUUUAAGUGAAAUACAAGCUGACUUUGAUGCUUUGCUUGUGUCCCUGGUGAUCCUACGUCAAGAUGUUGGUUCCCAUCUUCACCCUGAAGCUCAACCACAAGAUCAACCCUCGUAUGGUGACACUCGGCAAGUAUGACGGCAAACAUCCAAAUCUCACAGCAGCCACCACCGCUGGAAAGGUUUUUGUCCACAACCCCCACACCCGUAUGGCCAACGCCAGCGGCCGAGCCAUCGAAGCCAGUGUCGACUCGGACGUCAGCUUGCUCAGCAUCAACCAGCAGGUCAGCGCGGUGUGCGCGGGGUCACUAGACUCCCUCGGGGUCAAUGAUGUCCUGAUGGUGGGGACCCAGACCAACCUGCUGGCUUAUGAUGUGCAGAACAACACUGACGUCUUCUACAAAGAUGCACCAGAUGGCGUGAAUGCCAUUGCCGUUGGACAGUUAGGUGACAUUGAGACGCCAUUGGCAAUUAUCGGUGGCAACUGCUCACUACAAGGCUAUGACAGUGAGGGAAAUGAUCUGUUUUGGACGGUGACUGGAGACAAUGUCUGCUCCCUGGUUCUCUGCGACGUCACCAAUGACGGGGACAAGGAACUCAUUGUCGGCUCGGAGGAUUUCGACAUCCGUGUCUUCAGAAAGGACGAGAUCAUCUCUGAAAUGACGGAAACGGAGGCAAUCACAGCUCUGUGUUCAAUGGCCAACAACCGCUUUGGCUAUGCCCUGGCCAACGGAACUGUGGGCGUGUACGAAAACAACUCUCGCUACUGGAGAAUUAAGUCCAAGAACCAGGCUGUUAGUAUCCAUAGUUUCGACCUGAAUGGAGACGGGGUACCAGAGCUGAUAACUGGAUGGAGCAAUGGCAAGGUGGACGCCCGUAGUGACCGGACCGGUGAGGUCAUCUUCAAGGACAAUCUGUCCUCGUCUGUGGCCGGAAUCGUGGAAGGAGACUACAGAAUGGAUGGUCACAGUGAACUCAUCUGCUGCUCGGUGGAGGGAGAGGUGCGUGGUUAUCUCCCAGCAUCGCAGGAACAGAAGGGUAACCUGAUGGACACCAACGUGGAGCAGGAAACCAUCCGAGAACUGAGUCAGAGGAAACAGAAUCUCCUACUGGAACUCAAGAACUACGAGGAAAAUGCCAAGGCAGGGCAGGCGGAGCGACCGUCUGGCAUGGGGGAGUUAGACAAGGCCCAGAUGGGUAUCAUACCUGCCAAUACACAGCUACAGACAUCGCUCACGGUCAAUCCUGGGGAUGCUAACAAACCUCCCCACGUGGAGUUAUCAGUCUCCACCACCAAUGACACCAUUGUCAGGUCUGUGCUCAUCUUUGCAGAGGGAAUCUUUGAAGGAGAGAGUCAUGUCGUUCAUCCGAGUGUUCAGAAUCUCAGCAACUGCCUGAAAGUGCAGGUGGUGCCUCCCAAGGACGUUCCCGUUGACUUGCACAUCAAGGCGUUUGUCGGCGGCAAAUCAAGUAAUCAGUACCACGUGUUUGAGCUGACGAGGCAAUUACCGCGAUUCUCCAUGUACCUGCCAUGCCCUGACGACACACCGGAGCCCAAGAGCAGCGUGGCAUUCACAGUCAACGAACGAGUCCAAAGGGUGUUGAUGUGGAUCAACCAGAAUUUCCUGCUGAAUGAGGACAUCACGUGUAAAGGUGACCUGAACAUCGGCUUCAUAUCGCUACGUGGCUCGGGACCGGUGUUCAUCAACAUGCAGGCUAACGGCCAGGUGACAAUCAAGACCGAUGAUCUGGACCUGGCAGGGGACCUGAUUCAAGCCAUCGCCAACUUCCUAGGAAUUGAAGACCUGCAAGUCACCGCCGAUUUCCCCAUGCACAUGGAGGAACUCAAGAACGUGCUACACAAAGUGGAUGAGUUUCACUCAGUGAGGCAGAAGUUGACAGCAGAGAUGGCGGAUCAUUCUAAUCUGAUCCGAAGCCUGGUAGUCAGAGCGGAAGACGCUCGUCUCAUGGGGGACAUGCGGAACAUGCGACGGGGCUACAUGGAGCUGUUUGACCUGAACCGUGACCUGAUCAACGGUUACAAGAUCCGCUGCACCAAUCAUCAGGAGUUACUGAACUGCCUCAAGCUGGUCAACCAGACCAUCCAGAAAGCUGGCCAACUCAGAGUUGGGAAAUUCAAGACCCAAGUGGUGUCGUCCUGCCGGGAAGCCAUCAAGACAAACAACAUCAGCGCUCUCUUUAAGAUCAUCAAGACUGGAGCAUCUUGAAAAUAGAAAUCAGGUAGGCACAAGCUAGAUUGGGCAAAAAGGGAUAAUGCCAUAUCACUUGAAAGGAGGUUCCAUAUUAACUGGAUCGAAGGGUCUUUAUUUAAAAACUCAAUGCCUACAGUACAGCAGUUUUCUCCAACUUUUAAUUUGACAUCCCUUGACACAUGAAGACACUAUGCAAAACUAUGCAUACUAACUAGUGCAUACUAAGUACUAUGUAACCACAUUUUCCCAAACAAGGUUAUUUCGUGACCAAAGAAAGUUUUUUUGAGAGCAUGGCAUAUUUUCUAUGGUAAACGUGAAGUCCAUUUUUUGUUUUAAAUUUGCAGCUUGAUUUGAAAGCUUGGCAGCAAAUGUCAAAACGCGGUGGGAGUCGCAUAAAGCUUUGCGAUCCACCAAGCUAGAAUGUUGCUACAGGUAGAUUGAAAGGAGCCACAGUGGCUAAAACUCGGACACAGUGGAGGCCACGGUACCCGUAACAUUCCAAGCAUGAAUAGAACAAAAUUGUAUAAAUGUAACUAUGUUUUCAAAUAGAAUGUGUACAAAAGUGUUUUAAUUAUUAAGAGAUAUACAUUUUUAUUCUUGAAAGGCAGGUAUAUAGGUCUCUCUCAAAUGACGUCACUUCAUACAGAUUUGCCGCAUGCAUCGGCAUUUUGGGCGUCAAAUUUUCAUGACGUGCAUCUGCUGCGCCAUAUUUGGAAAAAAUUUCGAGCACCAUGCGCGCGUGUUAAGAAACAUUUUGCACACUGUGCGCACACGCACCUGAUGUAAUUUUCCUACGAAGAUGGCGUCCUAUGAGAGAGAUCUAUUUAACUGCAUGUAUUAUUGUCGCAAGCUGGAGUCAUGGAUUAUUUUUGUUUUGUCAGACUCAAGUCUGUUUGAAAAAGCCCACAGGGCUUUUCAGAAUGUGGAAUACCUUGUCUUUAAGUUUGGUUUUAAAUUGUAUUUCGUAUUGUGCCUGCAGUUUAUAUAAUGAGAUAUAUCAAGGCUCAGAGUGUGUGCAUUACUUAGAUUGUAUUUGUUGUUCAAUUAGGAUGAGAUGGAUUCUGAUUUUGAUAUUAUGUAAACUUUUGUAGAUAAGGGGGUGGUCCUACUAGGCCAUGGGCCAAAAUCUGUAUCAGGUCUAGAAUUUGAGGUUCGUCUUAACUUUCUGGUGUCAACUUGCAAUAAGUUCAACUUUACUAAUUUGAUAGUGCUGAAUCUGAAUCUGGUUGUUCACAGUUGCCCAAAUUGCACUUUAACCUUGUGAAAAAAAUGUUGUCAUUAUUUUGCCCAUUUUUGGUCAAAAAUAGUAUUUUUGCCAUAACUUCUAUGUUUUAAGUUCAAAUGCUUUCCAGCUUGACACAACAGAUAAAUAGGAAAUCGGCAUGAACAAUAGAAGUCGUUAUUUAACGCGUGACACGGAGCUUAAAUUUGUGAAAGUUUUUUUUGUAGAAUCAAUCAGACAACGCGCGAGGGCAUAUAGGGCGCACAGUCUUCGAAAUACGCGCGCAGUACGCUCUGAGUAGCCAGUCAGCAUCACCGCUUACGUAUUCCCCACGGCCAGGCGUUGAUGGAGGAACGCGUACGCGCCCAUGGAGGCAAGGCUGGUGCGCAAUAGCAGGGAUGCAUCGUGAUCGCCCUCAUGUAGUAUAGUAACAUUGGGGAAACAGUCCCCUUUAUUUCUAAUUUGUGCAAACGAUGUGAUGUGCACAUUGUAAAAUAUCAAUUAACAUGUUCCAAACUGCUUAUAACUGAGAAAUGAAGUUGCCACUAAAAAGUUAAGAUGAGAUUGCACGUUACAGGCUUUGGCCCAUGGCCUAUAACCCUAACUCCCUAGCAUAAUUUACUAGGAACCAUACCCAUCCUGGCAAAUUCCAACACCAUUUGGGAAACUGCACACACAUAUUUCUGACUUUGAUUCUGGAGGUGUGCCAACCCAAUGUAAAAGACUGUCGGUUUAGGGGUACUGUACCCAUCCUGACAGAUUCCAACAAAACAUGCUGCUGGGGUUUGGCGGGUUGAGUUCCGUUAGGGCUAAUGGCUCAGUCCAUUCUUAUUAUAAGUCUCUUCUUAUGACAAUGCAGUUUAUUAUUGACCUCCCGACCCACACGUUCAGAUGUUAUCACUGUAAUUGUUUAUACUGUAUGUGUUUCCUGGUCUUUCAUCAAUCCAGGAUAUUCGUUCGAUAUAUCUCCCCGUCCCUUUUGGGCUUAUCUGGAGUGUGUGUGUAUUUUCAUAUGUUGGUAAGAAAAAUAAACAGGAAACCCAUCCUGUAUUGCACAAAUUUAGAAAGAGAAUUUGCAAACGAAAUAAAAGGAAGCAAGUGAAAAGAAUCUAA